AGAAAAGAAGGGAGGCUUUUCCAAAUCCUUUACGAGAAAGCUCGUGCCGACUUCCCAUGCUGUCCGUACUCUCUUUAAUAACGCGAUUGUGACCUGAGUGGAAUUUAUGAGCGAUGAACUAUUGAAGCUUGUUGCACCACUGCAUCAGACUACGGUUUUGGUUUUUUCUUUUUUUUCUUAGCACAUGAUUCCCCCAUCCCAGCUGUUGCAGGACCUAUGGGCCAGUAAUAGAGGGAUGGGAAGCUGAGACGGUUGAUUUUCACAUUCUUGUGUUCUGGGGACUUGGCUAGUUAGCUGAAGCUGCUGCUGCUUUUUACUGGAUCUGCUCUUUUCUCGGCAGGUUUAUUUGUUUUCACGUGCACGGGGUGUUUCAAUUAAACAGAUGUUGGACUAGAGCUGAAUGGAUGCUUUGCAAUCCAAAGGGGUUUUUGGGAUAACUAAAAACUACUAAAAACAGAGAAGAACUGGUACGGCAGGAAACCUGGGGCCUGUUUUCCAAGCCUUUUUAUUUUAUUGAGCAAGAUGAUGUGUGAGGUGAUGCCAACCAUCAGUGAGGCAGAGAUUCCCUCUGGGGGAAAUGGAGGCCAUGGUUCAGGUUCCCCGUUACAGUCAGAUGCUGAUUCCCAUUUUGAGCAAUUAAUGGUAUCCAUGUUGGAAGAAAGGGAUCGCCUUCUGGAAACACUAAGAGAAACUCAGGAGACGCUAGCAUUGACCCAGGGCAAGCUACAUGAAGUUGGUCAUGAGAGAGAUUCCUUGCAGAGGCAGCUCAAUACUGCACUUCCACAGGAAUUUGCAGCGCUUACAAAAGAGCUAAAUGUAUGCCGGGAGCAGCUGCUUGAAAGGGAAGAAGAAAUCGCUGAACUGAAAGCAGAAAGAAAUAAUACAAGGCUAUUACUGGAACAUUUGGAGUGUCUUGUCUCCAGGCAUGAGCGAUCUCUCAGAAUGACUGUUGUAAAGAGACAAGCUCAGUCUCCAGCAGGAGUUUCUAGUGAAGUAGAAGUUCUCAAAGCACUAAAAUCUUUAUUUGAGCACCAUAAAGCCCUUGAUGAAAAGGUAAGGGAGAGGUUACGAGUAGCACUUGAAAGAUGUAGCUUAUUGGAAGAAGAACUAGGUACUACGCAUAAAGAGUUAAUGAUUCUGAAAGAGCAAAAUAAUCAGAAGAAAACACUUCCAGAUGGGAUGCUGGAUAUAAAUCAUGAACAAGAAAAUACACCAACUACAAAUGGGAAGCGAUCCUCUGAUGGUUCUUUAUGCCAUGAUGAAAACCUUGCUAAAGUGAUUGAACUCCAAGACAUUAUAGAUAAGCAAAACAAAGAGCAGACACAAAUGAAGGAACGUCUUACUGCUUUGUCUAGCAGAGUAACAGAGCUGGAAGAAGAUCUUGACACAGCUAGAAAAGACUUAAUAAAAUCUGAAGAAAUGAAUACAAAGUUACAGAGAGAUGUACGAGAGACUAUGGCCCAAAAGGAAGACAUGGAAGAGAGAAUUACAACUCUUGAGAAACGCUACCUCGCUGCACAACGUGAAGCUACAUCUGUGCAUGACCUCAAUGAUAAACUUGAAAAUGAAAUUGCCACUAAAGACUCCAUGCAUCGACAGAGUGAAGAUAAGAAUAGACAAUUGCAAGAACGACUGGAACUAGCUGAACAAAAGCUGCAGCAGACUUUGAGAAAAGCUGAAACUUUGCCGGAGGUGGAAGCUGAGCUGGCACAGAGAGUUGCUGCACUUUCAAAGGCUGAGGAAAGACAUGGCAAUAUAGAGGAACGAUUGAGACAGAUGGAAGCACAGCUAGAAGAAAAGAAUCAAGAACUGCAAAGGGCUAGACAGAGAGAGAAGAUGAAUGAAGAGCAUAAUAAACGUUUGUCAGAAACUGUUGAUAAGCUUCUGUCUGAAUCUAAUGAAAGGCUUCAGCUUCAUCUCAAGGAGAGGAUGGCUGCCUUGGAAGAUAAGAAUUCACUUCUUCGAGAAAUUGAAAAUGCAAAAAAACAAGUAGAGGAACUUCAGCAUGAAAAGGAUCAGCUUGUAUUAAAUGUUGAAGCAUUAAGGGCUGAAAAUGACCAAGUGAGACUCAGAGCCACAUCACUUCAUCAUAGCCGACCAGAUUUCAGAUACCCUAUCACAUCUUCGUCUGUGCCUGAUAGUCAUACAGACUCCUAUGGCACCUCAUCAGUGCUAAGGCGUCCCCAGAAAGGACGUUUGGCAGCUCUCAGAGAUGAACCUUCAAAGGUUCAAACUCUGAACGAGCAGGACUGGGAGCGAGCCCAGCAAGCAAGUGUAUUGGCAAAUGUGGCACAAGCAUUUGAAAGUGAUGUUGAUGUCUCAGAUGUUGAGGAUGAUAGGGAGACUAUAUUCAGCUCAGUUGAUCUGCUAUCACCAAGUGGUCAGGCUGAUGCUCAAACUUUGGCCAUGAUGCUUCAAGAACAGCUGGAUGCAAUCAACAAAGAGAUUAGACUUAUACAAGAAGAAAAGGAAAACACAGAGCAGCGUGCAGAGGAGAUUGAAAGCAGAGUGGGUAGUGGAAGUUUGGAUGCCCAUGGCCGUUUCAGGUCCAUGAGCUCCAUUCCUCCUCCCUACGCAAGUGGUUCACUUGCUGGUUCUUCACCGCCUGGCAGUGGCCGCUCUACCCCAAGGCGGAUUCCACAUAGUCCGGCUCGGGAAGUGGACAGACUAGGUAUCAUGACACUGCCUAGCGAUUUAAGGAAACAUCGUAGAAAGUCUCCAGCUUCUAGAGAAGAGGUACGAGAUGAUAAAGCCACAAUAAAAUGUGAAACAUCACCACCUUCUUCACCUCGAUCUUUGCGUUUGGACAGAGUCCAAAAAGGAGCUUUGCAUACAGUGAGCCAUGAAGAUAUCAGGGACAUAAGAAAUUCAACAGGCUCGCAAGAUGGGCAAACAAGUAAUCCUAGUAGCAGUAAUAGUAGCCAAGAUUCUCUUCAUAAAGCCCCCAAAAAGAAGGGGAUUAAAUCCUCUAUUGGCCGCUUGUUUGGCAAGAAAGAAAAGGGACGACCUGGACAAGCAAGCAAGGAAACAUUAGGACAAGUUGGCAUGGCAGAAGCAGAUAGUUCCUCUCAGGAUGCAUUAGGUCUCAGCAAGCUUGGAGGUCAGGCAGAAAAAAACAGGAAAAUGCAGAAAAAGCAUGAGUUGCUAGAGGAAGCCAGAAGACAAGGUUUGCCUUUUGCACAGUGGGAUGGGCCUACUGUUGUUGUGUGGUUGGAGUUGUGGGUUGGGAUGCCAGCCUGGUAUGUGGCUGCUUGCCGAGCAAAUGUGAAAAGUGGUGCUAUCAUGUCAGCCUUGUCUGAUACAGAAAUACAGCGUGAAAUUGGAAUUAGUAAUCCUCUGCACAGACUGAAGCUGAGGCUGGCCAUUCAGGAAAUCAUGUCACUAACGAGUCCAUCUGCCCCUCCCACCUCAAGGACGACCACGGGAAAUGUCUGGGUAACACAUGAAGAAAUGGAAAAUCUUACAGCCACACAACAAACGGAAGAUGAGGAGGGAAGCUGGGCUCAGACGUUAGCAUAUGGUGAUAUGAACCAUGAGUGGAUCGGCAAUGAAUGGCUCCCUAGUCUGGGGCUCCCUCAGUAUCGCAGCUAUUUCAUGGAAUGUCUUGUUGAUGCUCGAAUGCUGGAUCAUUUAACUAAAAAAGAUCUGCGUGGGCAACUUAAAAUGGUGGACAGCUUUCACAGAAACAGUUUUCAGUGUGGCAUUAUGUGCCUACGAAGACUGAAUUAUGAUCGAAAAGAACUUGAAAGAAAAAGAGAAGAAAGCCAGAAUGAAAUUAAGGAUGUCCUUGUCUGGAGCAAUGAAAGAAUGAUCCAUUGGGUAGUGUCCAUUGGUCUUAAAGAAUAUGCGAAUAACCUUAUAGAGAGCGGAGUUCAUGGUGCACUUGUGGCCUUAGAUGAAUCAUUUGAUUACAAUGCAUUAGCUCUCUUAUUACAAAUACCCACUCAAAACACACAGGCUCGUGCUGUUCUGGAGAGGGAAUUUAAUAACCUCCUUGCUUUGGGCACUGACAGAAGACUUGAUGAAGAUGAUGAUAAGAGCUUUAGGAGAGCACCUUCAUGGAGAAAGAAGUUUAGACCAAAGGACAUAAGAGGUUUAGCUGCUGGAUCAGCAGAGACUCUUCCUGCAAAUUUCAGAGUUACAACCUCAAUGUCUUCACCCUCUAUGCAGCCAAAGAAGAUGCAGAUUGAUGUUUACCCACACUAUUUCUACCGGUGAUAUGCAGCAUUUUGAACAUUUGGAACCCUUAACCUGUUAAUACUUGUUAAAUGGACACUUUGAGAUAUUUUAUUACAGAGUUUUUAAUUAGCAAAUAAAUUCAUGAGUACUAUAGAGAAAAUAUUUUAGAAUCUAAAUGUUUCUUAUAUUUAUGUGACUUCUCAUUUAUAUAGUUACUUACUUUUUCUGUUUCUAUUCAGUCUACAAAUCAAAUCAUUGCUGAUUUUUAUUCUAAUUUUAGUCUUUCCAACUGAAUGU